UAGAUAUGAGCUAGUUUAGUAGCAUUAUGAGCUUAGCUGGUUGGCUAAUGACUGGCUAUCUACAGUGAAUGUUGUUCAGCUGUAGAGAAAUGGUAAGAAAUGACAGUGUAAACAGUGAGCAAGUUGAUUGAAAAAUAUUAUUGAAAAUAGAUUCUUUUUAAUAGUUUACAAUUACACAUUCUUGCAUUCUUGGGUACUAUAUUAUUGGUGGGCAUAGAAACAAUAGCCUUGCUCAUUGGAGUAAAUUUGACUUGGUUAUUGGGGUGAAAUUUUAUUCGUAGGUCUGCUCUAGUUCUUUUUUAGUUCUGUUUUUUUUUUUUCUCAUUUCCUUUGUCCUCCAUGUGUGUGUUUACUUUUUUUAGAUUCCUCAGAUCAGCUAUGCCUCCACAGCUCCAGAGUUGAGUGAUGAUCGCCGCUAUGACUUCUUCUCACGUGUGGUUCCACCAGACUCGUUCCAGGCCCAGGCCAUGGUGGACAUUGUGAAGGCUAUGGGAUGGAAUUAUGUCUCGACUAUAGCCUCAGAAGGCAGCUAUGGAGAGAAGGGAGUGGAGGCCUUCAUGCAGAUCUCACGAGAAGCCGGUGGAAUAUGCAUCGCCCAGUCCCUGAAAAUUCCACACGACCGUAAACAAGCUGAUUUCGACAAGAUUAUUCGGAUGCUUCUUGAGACCCGUCAGGCACGAGCAGUGAUUAUGUUUGCUUAUGAUGAAGACAUUCGGGAGAUUCUUAAUGCCAGUAAAAGGGCUGACCAAGUGGGGCACUUCUUGUGGAUUGGGUCCGACAGCUGGGGGGCGAAGAACAGCCCGAUUCAUGGCCUGGAGGAUGCAGCAGUAGGAGCCAUCACCAUCCUACCGAAACGAGCCACUAUAGCUGGGUUUGACACCUACUUUACAUCCCGUACGCUGGAGAACAACAGAAGGAAUGUGUGGUUUGCAGAGUACUGGGAGGAGAACUUCAACUGCAAGCUCAUGAGCUCCUCCAAGAAAGAAGACACCAGUAGAAAGUGCACAGGGCAGGAACGGAUAGGGAUCGACUCCAAGUACGAGCAGGAGGGGAAGGUGCAGUUUGUAAUUGAUGCAGUGUACGCUAUGGCACACGCGCUACACAACAUGCACAAAGAUUUGUGUCCUGAGCAGUCGGGCGUCUGCUCUGAGAUGGAAGCUGCCGGUGGCAAGAAGCUACUCAAAUACAUCCGCAACAUCAACUUCAACGGAAGUGCUGGAACUUCUGUGACCUUCAACCAGAACGGAGACGCACCAGGCCGCUAUGAUCUCUUUCAAUACCAGAUCAACAAUAACAGCUCUCCGGGUUAUAGAGUGAUCGGACAGUGGACAGAAUCGCUCCAGCUUAACAUGGAGGACAUGCAGUGGCCCAGUGGUGAUGUAGAAAUUCCUGGGUCCAUCUGCAGCCUGCCGUGUAAAACUGGCCAAAGGAAGAAAACAGUAAAAGGGAUGCCUUGCUGCUGGCAUUGCGAGCCCUGUGACGGCUACCAGUACCAAUAUGAUGAAACAACGUGCAAGCUGUGCUCCUACAACAUGCGGCCCAAUGCCAACCGAACUGGGUGCCAGCCUAUCCCCAUCGUCAAGCUGGAGUGGCACUCUCCCUGGGCAGUCAUCCCUGUCUUCUUGGCAAUGCUUGGCAUCGUGGCCACCAUCUUCGUCAUGGCUACAUUCAUCCGCUACAACGACACACCCAUCGUGCGGGCUUCAGGACGGGAGCUCAGCUAUGUGCUCCUGACAGGGAUCUUCCUUUGCUACAUCAUAACCUUUGUGAUGAUUGCCAAACCUGAUGCAGCUGUCUGCUCCUUCAGACGCAUCUUCCUCGGCUUGGGGAUGUGCAUCAGCUAUGCCGCACUGCUAACCAAGACAAAUCGAAUUUACCGCAUCUUUGAAGAGGGGAAGAAGUCGGUGACACCACCUAGACUGAUCAGUCCAACAUCCCAGUUGGCAAUAACAUCAAGCUUAAUUUCAGUGCAGCUUCUAGGAGUCUUCAUAUGGUUUGGGGUGGAUCCGCCGAACACAAUAAUUGAUUAUGAUGAACAGAAAACCAUCAAUCCAGACAAGGCUAGGGGUGUGCUCAAAUGUGACAUCACAGAUUUACAAAUAAUUUGCUCACUGGGAUACAGUAUUUUGCUCAUGGUCACAUGUACGGUUUAUGCCAUCAAGACACGAGGAGUUCCCGAGAACUUCAAUGAGGCCAAGCCCAUUGGCUUCACCAUGUACACCACCUGUAUCGUUUGGCUGGCCUUCAUUCCUAUUUUCUUUGGAACAGCUCAGUCUGCAGAGAAGCUGUACAUCCAGACCACCACACUGACCAUCUCCAUGAACCUGAGCGCCUCGGUGGCUCUGGGUAUGCUCUACAUGCCCAAGGUAUACGUGAUCAUCUUCCACCCGGAACUAAACGUCCAGAAACGCAAGCGCAGCUUCAAAGCAGUAGUGACGGCAGCCACCAUGUCAUCACGCCUCUCACACAAACCCAGCGACCGGCCAAAUGGCGAGGCCAAGACAGAGCUGUGUGAAAGCGUCGACCCAAACAGUCCGGCUGCAAAGAAAAAGUAUGUGAGCUACAAUGACCUUGUGAUCUAAGGACCUCCAUAACCAGAGGGAAGCAAUCAGCG